AUGGAAAAGAAGAAUUUAGUGCUGUUAUUGCUUAUAAUAUACUCAUUUGUGGCUUGCCUGGCUGUGUCUCCAACCAGCUUCACAGAUGAGAAUGCACUUCUAGCCUUCAAAGCUCAUAUUACUUUUGAACCUAGUAAUGUUUUGGCAACAAAUUGGUCACAAGGUACCUCCUUUUGCAAUUGGGUUGGUGUUUCUUGUAGCCGUAGGCGCCAAAGAGUGACAGCCUUGAUUCUUCCAAAUAUGGAUCUUACUGGUACUAUCCCCAAAGAAGUCGGCAACCUCUCAUUCCUCGGUUUCUUUGACAUCAGUGAGAACAGUUUUCAUGGCCAUCUCCCUGAUGAACUGAGUCGUUUGCGUCGCCUAAAAUCAAUCAAUUUUAGCUUUAAUGUGUUUAGUGGAAAAAUUUCAUAG